AUGUCGGUUUGUUUAAGGUAUGUGAAUAAAGAAGGGCAAGUUAGGGAGCAUUUUCUUGGUCUUGUUCAUGUUUCUAGUACUAAUGCUUUAUCUCUAAAAUUAGCAUUGGAGUCAUUAUUAGAAACAUAUAAUUUAAGUUUAUCAAGAGUACGUGGCCAAGGAUAUGAUGGUGCAAGUAAUAUGCAAGGAGAAUUUAAUGGUUUGAAAACUUUGAUAUUGAAAGAAAAUUCUUAUGCUUUCUAUGUACAUUGCUUUGCCCACCAACUUCAGUUAGCUCUUGUAACGGUUGCAAAAAAAUAUGUUGAAAUUGCUUUGCUUUUUAAUUUGUUAACCAAUUUGUGCAAUGUUGUUGGAGCUUCGUGUAAACAAAGAGAUAUACUUCGUGAUAGUCAAAUGACUAAGACAAUUGAAGCAUUACAAAGUGGAGAAAUUUCUAGUGGACGUAGUUUGAAUCAAGAAAUAGCUUUGAAAAGAGCUGGAGAUACUAGAUGGGGUUCACACUAUGGAACUAUACUUCGAUUAAUUUCUUUGUUUCCUUCCGUGGUCAAUGUUCUUGAAUAUGUUGAGGAAGAUGGAAAUAAUUUAGAACAAAGAGCUGAAGCAUGUCAUUUAUUGAAUGUCAUUCAAUCCUUUGAAUUCAUUUUCAACUUGCACUUGAUGAAAAAUAUCUUGGGAGUUUCUAAUGAAUUAUCUCAAGCGUUACAAAGGAAUGAUCAAGAGAUUGUAAAUGCUAUGGCAUUGGUUAAAGUGUCUAAGCAAUGGUUGCAAACUAUAAGAGAUGAUGGUUGGCCUCUUUUACUUGAUGAAGUCUCAUUGUUUUGUGACAAACAUAAUAUUACCAUUCCAAAAAUGGAUGAUAUAUUUGUGUCACAAGAAAGAUCAAGACGCAAAGCUCAAAAGAUCUCAAAUUUGCAUCAUUUUCAGGUUGAGAUAUUCUAUCAAGUAGUUGAUAGACAACUUCAAGAACUCAACAAUCAUUUUACAGAGGUGAAUACUUAA